AUGUCAAGGAAAAGUCGAAUGUUGAAUGGCCAAUAUUCAUUUGAUUAUGUGACUUUGGCAUUGGAAAAAGAUAAAGAAAUUAGUCCAAAAUUUACGACGAAAAUACAUGGCUCGGGGACAUCACAGACUCAAGACAACAAUAGUACGAAUGCAUGGCGGAAGGAAUUCACGAAAAAAUUAGAAAUCUCUGUUCUUAACAAGCACGUUCACGAACGCCUUAAAGCUACUGAAAGAGCGCAACUAGACUGGCUGACACCGUGUUUUCGAACACCAAACGGGGAGGGAAAUUCAGCUAUACGUCGACGAUGUUUUUGCGAAUCUAUUGGACCAAAAUUCUGCGAGGUAUGUCGAAGGAAAAUCAGCAGGGAAUUAAGCAAUAGAGUACCAAGGAUAAUAUGCGACUUGAGAAUUUCGGAGAAUGAAUUAUCAUUACUGGAAAGGGCAGAAUAUUUCGUCACGCCAGAGCCAAGGUUUUCUAAACAUUUAAAACAAGCGUCGAAUUUUUAUACAUUUGAGGGAUAUCAAAGUUCACAAGGGGAUAAAACAACUUCUAGUACUGAUGAGGAUCAAGGUUUAUCCAUUGAAAACCCUAAAAAACAUGCAUUAUCUAGGGCGUCCAGUUUUUCGUCUUUGACUUCGUCUAAGGAUCAUGAAUUUUCGAACCAUGUAAUUGUACCUUCAUCACCCCAAAACACCCCUAAUACAUCCCCUGUUGUACCUAAAUUACCAAACAUAACGAGUUAUCCAGACAUCCCUAAUGAUCAAACUGUUCUCACCUCUGUCCCCCAAUUACCGGCGAUAACCAACAAUGAUCCUGAUGUCAUUUGUGAUCUACAAAAUUCACCUGUUACCCCAAGCGAUCAACACAUACUCGCUGAUAUUUACGAACCACAACCAAUAACAAUCCCAAGUGAUCUACAUAAUUUGCCUGACACCCCAAGUUAUCACCAUAUACCUACUGAUAUCCCCCAAACAACAGGGAUAAUAAAUGGUCCUGAUAUCCCUAACGACUCACAAAUGUUCCAUAUCACCCAUCAAUUACGGAGUAUAGACGAGCUCAAAGCCGACGCAAAUUCCCUAAAUAACCCCAGUAAUCAACACAUACCCCCAAUAAUACCACAACAACCCUCAAGCGACUUUAGCAAUUCACAAAGUGAAAUAAUUUCUUCUCUAAACAAUCAAAGUGAUUUGAAUUGCUACUCUGAUAUAAGACGGGGCCCAAGUGACAGCAAUCACAUUUUGCCAAAGUUGUCUCAUCCAGUUGAGCCAGUACUGUUAGAACUAAAGUAUAUUAAUUUCAGUAUAUAUGACUAUGACUGCAAUAUGGACAAAUGA